AUGUCCGUCGCGCCCCUAAAACGGGUGCGCGGUGAAUCCGGCCCCGGCACGGCAACGGCAGGAGCAGCAGCUGCAGCCGCCACCGGCGGCGCCGACAGUCCCCAGCGCGGUGGCUCGAGCUCGCCAGCGUCGGCCUCGGCCUCGGUCGUCGCGGGCGUACCGAACGCCGACGCGACGUCAUCAGCGUCAAGCAGCCAGAUCGCGCCCGGCGGUGUGUCCCGGGCAGACCAGAUCGUGUACCGGUUCUAUCUCAAGACGGUCAGCGUGCUCGUCGAUGGCCGCGUAAGCCAUCUGCGCAACGCGGCCGAGCGCAAGAAGGACAGAUGGUUCAACCUUACCAUCCCGGACACGGACGUGCACAAGCGCGACCUCGCCGUCUACCGCACCGUGUCAACAUCACAUCCACCCAACCCAUCACCCGACAGCGCGGCUGGCGAGAGUCGGAGCACGGUCCCCCCACUUCUUAUCUCACUUAUCCUCGACACGAACGAUAUUCCUCCUGGCCAGACCUUGCUGUGGAACCGCGAAGGCCAGCGCGUCGCGCUCGACCCUACUCUCGUCCGCCCCGCCGCCCAACCCCAGCGCCGCCCGGGCAUCGUGCUGGAACGAUGGACGUUUCGUGCAACAGACGUUGCACUCGACGUGGUCGGCGGCGCUUCCGACAUGGCUCCACCGACAGCUUAUCGCCUGGGAAUCAUCCACUUCCGCGCGCUAUAUUCGUUUAUUCGCCUGCUACCAGCCUACCGGCUGUUCCGCCGGCUGAAGCGUGCUAACAGUGGCCUGCGACUAGGCAUCAAGCUGUGGGCGGCGGAAGGCUACGCCAACUCGCCAGCAGAGAUAGCAGAGGCCUGGGAAGUCAUGGACCGCGACCUUAUCGGCAUCGACGUGCCUCUGGAGCGAAUGAUCCCUGGGGCUGAAGUGGACCCAGCUUCCGGCAGCACUCUUGAGCGAUACGACUUCCCCACCGUCGAUCUGUUUGGUUCCACUUACGAGUUGGGCGUCGUCUACCGCUCCAAUGUCGACUUUGACGUCGAGGACAUGGAGAGUGUGUUGAGCGAGCGGUUCGUCGACAUGGACGAGGAGUGGUUUACGCCAACGGUCGCGCGCCACAGACUGGAGAGCGAGGCCCGUGUGGCGGCCAGCGCUGGAACGUCAAGAUCAGCUUCACGCGCGGGCGUGACCCCUCCGACAGUCGCGGGCCGUGUUACCGUUCCACCAAGCGGAGCCGGUGGCGCUGGCAGUGCCGGGUUAUCGUCGUCGCGCCAGGUGUCGAGCCGGGCGGCAUCAGGCUCGGCGGGGACACAGCCAAGCAGUCUAGGGGCCGCCAAGUGGGGCGCUCUCGCCGAGGGCCUGCCGUUCGCAUCUGGCUCGCAAGCACCGGAAGGACCGCCAUCGCCUGUGCCGAGCGGCGCGGUGCCGUACAGACGAUUAUCUGCACAUUCACUCCAACCGUUCCGAUCCAUUUCGGCAUCGCCUUCGACAUCGAUCUUGCGGACUGCACCGUCCAACCCGGCACAGCUGCCUGGGUCGAGUACACCGCAGUCUGCAAGGGCGAUCCCAGGACAAACGUCUUCCCCAAUGGCGCGCACCAGCAGCUUCCUCUCGCAAUCAGGACGCUCUUUCACGCACGCGCAAGUGGCCAACAUGCAGGGUGUAUCCCCCGUCGGCGGGGCGCCACCGUUCGCGUUGCAGCCAAGCGGCGCGUCCCCGCCAAUGUCCCAGUUCCCUUCAUCCCUCAGCUUCUCCAAGCAAGCUGUGGGCCGCGGACCUGCAGGCGUGACGUUCCCAAUGGCAUCACCGUUCCUGCCGAGUUCACUCGACCGUGACAGCCCGUUACCGGCAGCUUCUCAGCUGGCAACUAAACGCCACUCGUCAUCGUUAUCCGGUCGACGUGCCUUCCCCGGCUCGAGUCCUGGUGAUUCGGCACUGCCCCCAGGAUUGAGCUUGCGCAGAACAAGCACCCGGGAGAGCGGUCUCCGACAUUCGAGCAUCGACAGGGGUGGACCAGAUGCUGCCGAGAAUGACGACGUGCACGCAUUUCUCCGUGCGCUUGACUCUUGGGCCGCACCGACAAGCGUUCAGGGCCACGGUCAGUCGCCUAAGGUCUCGACCUCUGGAUUGGGAUCGUCCGGCGCACCGACGUUUACGACCACCGCACCGACACCGCGCCGCACAUCGGCCGCGUCGUCGUCCAUCAUGUCACCACUGUCGACCACUGGCAACGCGGCGCCGCCAGAGGCUGGAUUGGCGACCCGAACGCCGCUUACCAAGGCGCAUGUCGGCGACGUGCUCAAGAGCAUGAAGGGAAGCAUGAGAGGAAGCUAUUCGUUGGAGUCGCCACCGCGGGCCACGCCACCGCCAAUGUCCCGUGACUCGUCAGUGUCUGAGCGUGUACGCCAGCACUCUGGCCUCGGCACGCCUGGUGGUGUUCCAUCCCCUCGCACAGGCACACCGGCUUCGCAGCUGAUGGCAAGAAGAGCUUCUGGCAUCACGGAAUCGGGCACGCCCGGGUCCAGUGUGCCGAGACAGCCUUCCAUGUUGUCCGCGCCUCGCCCUCUGGCGUCGAGCCCUCUGAGCGGAGGUGGUGCGACUAUGCGUCAUGCUGCAUCGGGGACGUCACUGCCACGGUCGGCAGGACAACAGGCGCUGGACCAGGGUCAUGCCCGGAGCCUACCAGGAGCCAUCUCGACGUCACCGCAGCCAAUGACACGAAUUCAGCCGGCGUCUGUGCUCUCCCCGCAGACGACAGGUGGGACGAGUGUCGGUACGAGCGUUGGCCGCCGGACCACGGGCCCAGUGCUCGUCCGCGGCGGCUUUGGUGCUCCGAGUCUCAGCUCCAAGGCCAGCACGUCGUCGUCAUCGCCCAGCCACAGUCCGGUACGCGAUUAUCGCUACCGCUCUGGUCUUCAGGCCGAGCGCGAGCGGCUCGACGACGACGGUACUGGUGCAACGGGUGGGUCGAACGGCUCGGGCGGGUACACUUUCCCGCGACGACUGGCGAGUAACGCGCUCGUGAGCGGGUUCACUCUCAGCGGAGCGGCACCACUGCAGCAGCCUGCGGGCAAUGGGAACGGGCACGGCGGAGGCACACGCCGUACCGCGCCGAGCAGCCUCGGCGCGUUUGAUGUUGAGCACGAGGACACGGCGUUUCGAGGCAGUGGACGGGGUCGCGUGGCGAGUGAAGGCUCGGGCUCGCCGGCGGGCCAGUUUCCGUCCCCCCUUUCCCCAGUCGUCGACGGGUUAAUGGCGCGGCUUGCGCUCGUGCAACAGGAUGAGCCGACCCCAGUAACGCACCAGGAGGAGGAGAAGACGACGACCACGACCACGACGACGACGCCAGAGCCGCCGGCGCCGUAG